AUGGCUUCAAGAGGAAAGACCGUCAUGGGCAGACUCUGGCUCGCGCGCUCUAUGUGGAGGUCCAUGACCUCUGGGAGCGCCGCACGUGCUGAGGCACCCGACGGGCUGCAAGGGAAGGAGAGGAGGCAGGGGGAGGAGGAGAGGAGGAGGAUCGCGGAGUCCAAACAGAUCAUGAUGAAGCUGAAGCAGCUCUCCUCUCACGAAUGCAUGCAAUUCUUCCGGUCUAUCAGCUUGCAAGGCAAGGCGGACGUGUACCAUUACACGGAGAUGAUAUCCAAGUCAUCGUCUGCCAGUGAAGCAGAGGAGCUCAUGCAGGGCAUGCUGAUGAGAGGGAUCGCCCCGACCACGGCAACGUACACGCUGAUGCUCAAGAAGUACCAGGAGGAGGGGAAAAUGCAGGAAGUCCGUCAGAUCGUUGAGGAGCUGGAGGCUAGGGACAGCCUCCGAGACAAUCAUCUGCGUUCGAUCGUCAUCUACGCCUUCUGCCGCAACCAUGGCUACUCCGAAGCAGAGAAGUUCUGGAACACGUUCAAGCGCAGAGACCCGAAGCCAGAUCUCGUACUGUACAACUCAGCAGUGUACAUGUUCACUCGACUGAACAAGCUGUAUGAGGCGAGGAUGACAAUCAGGGAGGUCAAGCAGGCAGGGCUGCAUGCAACUGCCCAGACCUACACUCCUCUCAUCGACAGGUACGCGAACCUCCGCAUGUUCGAGGAAGUGAAGGCUAUCCUCGAGGAGAUGGACAGCGAGCGGAUCAUGUUGGACAAGAGAGCAUUUAACGCGAUCAUGCGAACUCUAUCAAGGAGCGGAAAGAUGCAAAACAUGUACAACCUUAUUUCAAACAUGCACAACUUCGGAAUAGACUCGCAGUUCGAGCCAAGGUUGAUUCUGGACUUUCUUGUGUGCGACGAGAACUUCCAUGCCAAGGAGAAGCACUUGAGUGGAGACCGGGAAGGACCGCAGCCGGGGAGUCCACCGCAGCCGCCGACGAGUCAGGAGGGGCAGCAGGAGGACGGGGGGCAAAAGAACUUCCCAGAGAUGGACUUGAUGAGGAAGUGGGAGCUGGGGGGAGGCGCUGCACCGGACGGGAGUACCAUCUCGAUCCUCAUUGCCACCCAUGGGCGUGCGGGAGAGACGGACAAGGCCCUGGCUCUGUUCGAGGAGCUGAAGAGGAGGCGGGGGCCGUUGACGUCUCACGUCUACACCUCCGUCAUCUUCGCCUUGUGCCUGGCGGGGAGGCUGGAGGAGGCGGGGGGGAAGUUCGAGGAGAUGAGGAGGAAUGGCUGCCAGCUGGGGCCGACUGUCCUCAACGCGCUCAUCGACGGGCACAUGGCGAAGGGGGAUGGGAAGGGAGCGAUGAGGUGGUUCACGCUUGGGUUAGAGGAGAAGAUCGUUCCCUUCUCGUCCUGCAUGCGGGCGGGGGAGGACGGCAGCCUGUACAUCGACCUGCACAGCAUGUCCCCCAACGCGUCGGUCCUGGCGCUCGAGUACGGCCUGUCGUUCAACCCGCCGGGCAAGAAUGUGACGGUGGUUACCGGGCAGGGAAAGCACUCGCCCGGCCGGCAGUCUGUGCUGAAGCCCGCGGUGAAGAACUUCCUAGAGAGAGAGGGGCUGGAGGCAAAGGAGGACGAGCGGAACGCAGGGCGGCUGGUGAUCGCCAAGAUGAAGGGAUCGCGGACAGUCGCGGCUCUGUGCACGGUCGUGCUGGUCACCAUGUGGCUAGUAGGCAUCGUGAUCGCGCGGGAGUGGCUGGUGCAGCUGAGGAGGAGGGUGGAGGUGGGGAAGGACAAGAGGAAGGUGGAGGACCUGCAAAGGGAGCUGAGGGACAGCAAGAAGCAACACUCCGUGACGAGCUAG